CCCACUCCUCCUCGUCGCCUGCGCGCGCACACGCUCUCAGCCACAUUCACCGGGAAGGAAGAGCGCGCGCGGUUCACAGUCUCGCGCUCAGCCAUGGCGUACACCGUGCACGGGGGCAGUAAGAAGAAGGUCUGCUACUAUUACGACGGUGACAUAGGGAACUACUACUAUGGACAAGGACACCCCAUGAAACCCCACAGAAUCCGGAUGACCCAUAACCUGCUUUUAAAUUAUGGCCUGUACAGGAAAAUGGAAAUAUAUAGACCACACAAAGCCACAGCCGACGAAAUGACCAAGUAUCACAGUGACGAUUACAUCAAGUUCCUGCGAUCAAUUCGACCCGACAACAUGUCUGAGUUCAGUAAGCAGAUGCAGAGAUUCAAUGUUGGAGAGGACUGUCCGGUGUUUGACGGAUUGUUUGAGUUCUGCCAGCUCUCAGCAGGCGGUUCAGCUGCUGGUGCAGUGAAACUGAACAGGCAGCAGACAGACAUAGCGGUCAACUGGGCAGGGGGGCUUCAUCAUGCCAAGAAAUCAGAGGCAUCAGGAUUCUGCUAUGUCAAUGACAUUGUCCUUGCUAUCCUCGAACUGCUUAAGUACCACCAGAGAGUGCUGUACAUUGACAUUGAUAUCCAUCAUGGAGAUGGAGUUGAAGAAGCCUUCUAUACCACAGACCGUGUCAUGACUGUGUCCUUCCACAAAUACGGAGAGUACUUCCCUGGAACAGGAGACCUAAGAGAUAUCGGAGCGGGCAAAGGCAAGUACUACGCUGUCAAUUUCCCCCUGAGAGAUGGGAUUGAUGACGAGUCAUAUGAGCAGAUAUUUAAGCCGGUGAUGGCCAAGGUGAUGGAGAUGUACCAGCCCAGUGCUGUAGUCCUGCAGUGUGGUGCGGACUCACUGUCUGGGGAUCGCCUUGGCUGCUUCAACCUCACCAUCCGGGGCCAUGCCAAGUGUGUAGAGUAUAUGAAGUCCUUCAACCUGCCCGUUCUGAUGCUUGGCGGAGGGGGCUACACCAUCCGCAAUGUAGCUCGCUGCUGGACCUAUGAGACAGCUGUGGCUCUGGACACGGACAUCCCUGAUGAACUCCCCUACAAUGAUUACUUUGAGUACUUUGGACCGGAUUUCAAGCUGCACAUAAGUCCAUCCAAUAUGACUAACCAGAACACACAGGAAUACAUGGACAAGAUCAAGCAGCGUCUGUUUGAGAACCUACGCAUGCUGCCCCAUGCCCCAGGGAUUCAGAUGCAAGCCAUUCCUGAGGACAUCAUCCCUGAGGACACUGUGGAUGAGGACACAGAGGAUGCAGACAAGCGCAUGUCCAUCCGUGCAUCUGACAAGAGAAUAGCUUGUGAUGAAGAGUUCUCAGAUUCUGAGGAUGAAGGGGAGGGCGGAAGAAGGAACGUGGCCAAUCAUAAAAAGGGUACAAAGCGAGCCAGGGUCGAGGAAGAUAGGAAGGAGGCAGAAGAAAAGAAAACCGAAGUGAAAGAGGAGGAAAAAUCAAAGGAAAGCAGUUCUGAAAAGACAGACACAAAGAGCAUUAAGACGGAGCAGAUGAGCAGUGCUUGACGGCGCCGCCGCUCUGGAAGGAACUGCUUGGUGUGACUGUGGGGUGCUACCUCUGCACUCUCUGGACUCCAUGUUGGACACCACACCUUAACUAUAUUUAUUUUUAUGUGUUGUCCUAGAUGUAAUAUGUUUGUGCAGUCUGUUUCUUGCAGAUAAAUUACCUGUCAUGGUGUUUUGUUUUGGUGUCAUUUCUGGAAAUUAAUUUACAGGAGAAAAAUUGCAUUUGCUUUGAAUAUCCCCCGUGACAGUUUUAUUGUAUUUUUUUACAGGUACAUUUUCUAUCCGUUUUUCAACAGAAUCUUUAUUCUAGGGGGAAAAAAACACUUUUUUAGACUGAAUUUGUUUCUUUGAUAUUUUGAAUAUGCAUAUUAAACUUGAUUUUAUACUGCA